AUGGCUUCUCUGUCAAGUUUGAUGUCAGAGGAGAUUCAAGUAGUGAAUGAGGCAGUAACAUCUGAGCCUCUGGCAGAUAAGCCUCUUGGAGUAUUUGCUGAAAUACCCAACAUGUGCACAUACAGACAAAAUGAGAAUGCUGUUUUGUUCAUCUCAGGACAAAACGCUGGAGAGUGUGAAGCAUCAGCUUCUGGGAUACAAUUGGAUGGCCCAGUUUCUCUUUCCUCCCAUUCCAGCUAUACACAGAGUCAGAUAUCCCUUGAUGACCUUGGAUCAAAUGAAGAUUUGCAUCAUUUGUCAUUGAGCAACUAUGGCCCAAAGAGCAUGGAAGAACUGAAUCGUUUAAUAAUGGACUCCCCAGAUGAUGAUGAUUCUGACUCACAUUCAUCUUUAAAUCUUGGUGUGGAAAGUAUCAAUUGCCUUAAGCAGAGAAUCAGGUCAGGAGAGGACAAGAUCUGUGAAAUGGAAGAAACCAUAUCCAACUUGCGGAGUACCACUAGUGAUAUGCAGAAGGAGUUAAGAGACUUUGAAAAGUGCAAGCAGGAUCUGGAUACCAGCAAGAAGAAUUGCAAAAAUCUAGAAGAGAAAGUAGAUAAACUCCAAAGAAUGAUGGAGGAGCUCAGGCAAACCAAGGAACGAGAAUUCACUUCAGCAAAAAGAGAUUGGGAAAACCAGUUUGAGAUGCUCCGAAAGCAGAAACAGGCAGCUGACAAGGAUAAGGAAAUGAUGGUGAUGCGAUAUGCCCAGAGUGAACAGAUGGUGAUUGUUGUGAGAAAUGAGAAAGAAAAUCUUGACAAGAGAAUGCGAGAGAUGUUCAAAGAGCGUGAAGGAUUGAACAACCGAAUUAAGAUUUUAUCAGCUGACAAAGUGAAACUUGGCAACAAUUUGGAUGCAAAGUGUUCUGAGGCAUGUCAGCUGGUGAAGGAGAUUGAACAACUGAAGGAAGAGAUCAACAGCAGAGAUAUCAAGAUCAAAUGGGGUCAGAAUAAGCUCAAGUCUGAGAUUGAGAACCAUAAGGAAACACAAGGUAAAUUUGAGAAGGCAUUGCGUCAGAUCCAGGAGACCCGCGAGGAGGCAGAGCAGAUUCGUCGUGACUGUCAGAACAUGCUACGGAACUAUAAAGAGUCAGAACAAAAUCAGCAGAAAGCUGAUCAGGAGAGGGAAGAAGAGGCACAAGCUCUGAUCAAGGCUCAUGCUGACUUAGAAGCUGUGAGAAAACGACAAGAAGAAACCUUGGAUGAGAAUAAUUCCCUCACAAUAAAGGUCCAUCAGAUGGAGAGGGACCGUUUGGAAGCAGAGCAGCAAAUUGGAAAUCUAAGGGAAACAAUCUCUCAGUUGCGACAGGAGAUCUCUGAAUGGAAAGACAAAGCUUCAAGCAUUGAUGAGUUACACAUGAAGCUGCAAAAGGAGAAGGAGAAGGUUGUACAAUUGCAAGGAGAAAUGGAGCAGAUCCGGCAAGAAAAUAAUGAUCUUCAGACUGACAUGGUGGUUUGUCGACAAAAGGAAGCAGAACUUCUGGAAUUCACUGCCAAACUCACUGAGAAGAAUGUUUGCCUCCAGUCAGAAUUCCGCUGCCUAGAAGCCAAGUCCAACCAUUUGGAGCAAGAGAAUAAGGCUCAUGUGAGACAUAUGGAAGAGUUGGAACGUGAAGUGGAUUCCUUACGAAGGGAUGUUGAAGCAGUAAAGGCUGAGAAAGAAAAAGUUGAGAAAGAGAAAGAGGAAAUGCACCAAGAGGGAGAAAAAUUGCAGCAGAAAUUAAUGGAGGCUAAGGAUGAGAUUCGUGUCAUGAAGAAGCGCCAUUCCUCCAGCCUCAAGGAUCUGAGUCGAGAGCUUCAAGGGACCCAGCAGCGUCUGAAAGCCAUUGAACGAGGGAGGUUGCCACACCCUUGCUUGCAAAAUGGGUACAUGGAAUCAGAUAGGAUUCCUAGAGCCUCACGGGACAAGAAUGGUCCUGUAUCUGGGAAAGAUACUACCUCCAGUGGUGAAGCAAGAAAGUCCCAUUCUGGAGAUCGGAAUGUUCAGAUUGCACUGCCAGCUAAAGCACAGCCAUCUGAAGGAGAUCCAAAUGGGAUAGAGGGAGGAGAGAACCAAUUGCCAAGUACUCAGCUCCUCAUUGAAAGGAUUGUGAAACUUCAGCAGGCACUGGCACGACGCAAGGAAAAGAUUGAGAUCCUUGAGGAACAUCGACGGCAUUUGAUACGUGACCUUCGAAAGAAGAGUCAAAUCAUACAGCAUUAUGUAGAAAUGAUGAGUAAGAGAGGGAUCAUGGCUUCAUUGUAUCGGAGUCGUCAAGCAGAUGGAACCAUGACUCUGGAUUUAUCCUUGGAAAUCAAUCACAAGCUCCAGACAGUCUUGGAAGACACACUCCUGAAAAAUAUGACACUCAAAGAGAAUUUGAAUACACUGGGGAACGAGAUAGCCCGGCUGACUCAGGAAAAGCAGGAGCAAUUGAAGAAAGGCAUUUCCACUUAGGAGAGAAAAUACAAAUGACCUGUGAUAGUGAAGGUUUGAUGGAGUGUGGGUGAACUCCUAUACUUGUUCACUUCCAUUCCCCUUUUCACCUGGUGCUAGACAAGGCAGGUUCCCUAGUCCAGCAGCACAUGGUUAAUGCAUUUCUUGAGGUCCUCCUGUCCCUUGUGACUGAG